CUCGCGCAUGCGCUCUGCGUUCAUCACAGGAUGAAGAGUGCAGUGUACAAGUAACGUUAGCGCGAGAGAUGAAGACUCCUCCAGACCGGCCAGGAAUCACCUUUGAGGUCGGAGCUCAGCUGGAGGCCCGGGACCGCCACAAGAACUGGUACGCAGCCACCAUUGAGAGGAUCGACCGCGUUGGGGGGCGGGUCCAGGUGCACUACGGCCAGUGGAGCCGCAGACACAACCAGUGGUUUGAUUGGUCGUCUGCGUCCCUGAGGCCGCUGGAGCGAAUCAGCUUGAGGAGGCGGGGCCUGAACCCAGCAGGCUCCCAGUCGAUGUUCGUGUCGGGGACCAAGGUUCUGGCCUGUUGGACCGACUGUCGCUUCUACCCAGCCAAAAUCCUCCAGGUCAACAAGGACGACUCCUACACCGUGCGGUUCUUUGACGGCGUGGUUCUGAAUGUGAAACCGACCAAGAUCAAACCCUUCAACCACAAGUCGAGUGGUGAGAAAGGCGCGUUGGGAAGUGAGGGAUGGGAGGAUGGGGAGACCGAGGAGGACGAGAAGGAAGACCGGAAGGAGGAGGACAUACAGGAGGAAGUGACAUCACAAGAGAGGGACGCAGUGACAUCAGAGGAGAAGGAGGAAGUGACAUCAGAGGUGAUGAAGAGGAAGGCAGAACCUUCAUCCUCCCAUCCACCUGUGAAGAAGAAAGCAGACGACAGUGGAAGCAGUGGAGCUCUGAAUCAGCCAAUCACAGCAGACUCUGCUCAGCCCGGCCCUCCUAACUCCGCCCACAUCUACAAAG